AUGUCUGCCUGCAGCCCGAAAAGAAGAGCUAAGGCUAAGAUUUACCACUAUGCGCAUUAUGCGCCUGCGGCUCCGAGGGCCGCGCCAGUUGUCGUGGCCAUGCCUUGGAGGCAGAUCUAUGUCCCUCCGCUCGUGGUGCCGACACCGGCUGCCUGCCCUGCCCACCAGUCCUUCCGAACCAAGUUUCAGCACCUGGCCGCCAGUCCGCCCUUGCCACAACCCGUGGUCGCUCCGACUCGGUCUUUGGCCCCGAGCGCGGCGAAGAUGGAGCGCAUCCACGGCUUCACUGUGCAGACCACGACGAAGACCGUCGUGGCUGCACCCAGGCCGUUUGCACCUGGUCUGCAGACAAAGGAGCAGACCUCCACGGUGCAGACGACGACGAAGACCGUCGGGCCUACACACAGGCUGUCGGCCGAAGCGGCCGCGCUCGGUCUGCUGCCGUUCAACUUCGAAGUGCUCUCGCCUGCAGAGGUGCACCAGCUCCUAAAGGCAGGGCAGUGUGCGCUCAUCGACGUGCGUAGGGGCGAUCGUGCCUCUGGCCACAUCCAGGGCGCGGUGCACAAGCCCGACGCGUCCAACUUUAACUUCAAAAAUGGGGGGGCAGAUGAGCUGGUGGCAAAACUCGCCAAGGAGAAGCUCGUGAUUUUCCAUUGCGAAGAAUCCUAUUUCUGGGGCCCUCAGUGCGCUACUUACUACCGUCUCAAGGCGCCUUCGACACAGCGCGUGGCCGUUCUGGAAGGAGGCUUCCGCGGUUGGGAGCGCAACCGCUUGCCCGUCGUGUACGAGCAGCCCAUGGAUGCUGCUGGGCAGGCGAAGGCAGACAUCUACGACCUCUCAAUCUUCAAGCGUUUGGCAGGUGCCGGCGCCUGA